UUCAGUGCCAGCAAUUUCCUUUCAUCUUCCUCCUAAUAAACAACACACAAUUUCAACCCCUUUUUUCCCCCCUCUGUAUACAGUAGUAUGAGUGGCGGUGGUAGUUCGCCGUACCGGAGGCAUCACAACGAUGUGGAAGCCGGUAUAGGUGAGUUUGAAGAGGAUUACGAGUCCGUUUCCGAUCCUUUCGAUAUCGUGAGAACAAAGAGCGCUUCAGUCGACCGCCUUAGAAGAUGGAGGCAAGCAGCGCUUGUGCUCAAUGCUUCUCGUCGAUUUCGCUACACCUUAGAUUUAAAAAAAGAAGAAGAGAAGAAACAAAUUAUAGCCAAGAUAAGGACACAUGCGCAAGUUAUACGAGCUGCCUAUCUUUUUCAAGCUGCCGCAACAAAAUCAAAUGGAACAGAGAGAGCACCUCCAUCUCCUAUUCCUACGGGUGAUUAUAGCAUUAGCCCGGAUCAACUUGCUACAAUGACCAGAGAUCACGAUUUCUCUGCUCUGCAAACUUACGGCGGGGUCAAAGGAUUGUCGGAGAAGGUUAAGACAAAUCCUGAGAAGGGGAUUCAGGAUGAUGAGUCAAAUAUAUUGGAGAGGAAGAAUGUUUUUGGGUCAAAUACGUACCCAAAGAAAAAGGGAAGAAGCUUUUGGAGGUUUGUCUUUGAUGCUUGUCGAGAUACUACUUUAAUUAUCUUGAUGGUAGCUGCAGCUGCUUCUUUAGCAUUGGGUAUUAAGACUGAGGGGAUUAAAGAAGGUUGGUAUGAUGGUGGGAGUAUUGCAUUGGCGGUUAUCAUUGUUAUAGUUGUUACAGCUGUCAGUGAUUAUAAACAGUCGCUUCAAUUUCAAAAUUUAAAUGAAGAGAAGCAGAAUAUACACUUGGAGGUUGUAAGAGGCGGUAGAAGGAUUGAAAUUUCAAUAUUCGAUAUCGUUGUUGGUGAUGUAAUACCUUUAAAAAUCGGUGACCAGGUUCCUGCUGAUGGGAUAUUAAUAUCUGGUCACUCUUUGGCUAUUGAUGAAUCGAGUAUGACUGGAGAGAGUAAAAUUGUUCAUAAGGACCAGAAAGCACCAUUCUUAAUGUCUGGAUGCAAGGUUGCAGAUGGAUAUGGUACUAUGCUGGUUACUAGUGUUGGAAUAAAUACAGAAUGGGGUUUACUAAUGGCUAGCAUCUCAGAGGAUAAUGGUGAGGAAACUCCAUUACAGGUGAGGUUGAAUGGAGUGGCCACAUUUAUAGGUAUAGUUGGGCUUGUGGUAGCCAUAGCUGUUCUCAUUAUCCUUCUUGUCAGGUAUUUUACUGGGCAUUCGAAGAACACAGAUGGAAGUGUACAGUUCACUGCUGGCAAAACUAGUCUAAGUGAUGCUGUGGAUGGUGCAAUUAAAAUUUUCACUGUUGCAGUCACUAUUGUCGUUGUCGCGGUUCCUGAAGGGCUACCCUUAGCUGUCACAUUAACGCUUGCAUAUUCUAUGCGUAAAAUGAUGGCAGAUAAGGCACUGGUUAGAAGGCUUUCUGCCUGUGAGACAAUGGGUUCUGCUACUACAAUUUGCAGUGAUAAAACUGGAACAUUGACAUUAAACUUGAUGACCGUGGUUGAGGCAUACAUUUGCGGGAAGAAAAUUGAUCCACCAAAUAACAAGUCAGAACUACCCUCUGAACUUGUAGCUCUUCUCAUCGAAGCCAUAGCUCAAAAUACAACUGGCAGUGUCUUUUUGCCCGAGGGUGGUGGUAAUGUUGAAGUGUCUGGAUCGCCAACAGAAAAAGCUAUUCUCCAAUGGGGGGUUAAUCUUGGAAUGAAUUUUGAUGUCAUCAGGUCAGAAUCUACAAUAGUCCAUGCAUUCCCAUUUAAUUCAGAGAAAAAACGAGGCGGCGUUGCAGUGAAAAGGCCCGAUUCGGAAGUUCAUAUACACUGGAAAGGAGCUGCUGAAAUUGUGUUAGCUGCAUGUACCAGCUACAUGGAUGCCAAUGGGACCUUAGUGCCUUUGGAUACUCAUAAGGUGGAGUAUUUUAAAAAAGCAAUUGAAACUAUGGCUAUUGGAAGUCUGCGUUGUGUUGCUAUUGCAUAUCGAACUGUAAAAGAUGAAACUUUUCCAACUGAUGAAGAGGAAUUAGAGCAUUGGCAAAUGCCUGAGGAUGAUCUUGUUUUGUUAGCAAUCGUUGGUUUGAAGGAUCCUUGUAGGCCGAAUGUGAAAGAUGCAGUUCGACUUUGUAUAAAGGCUGGUGUGAAGGUAAGAAUGGUGACGGGUGAUAAUCUUCAAACAGCCAAAGCAAUAGCCCUUGAAUGUGGGAUUUUGGAGUCAAAUGCAGAUGCAAGAGAACCAAAUCUAAUCGAAGGGAAAACAUUCAGGGGAUUAUCAGAAGAUCAAAGGCUAGAAGUUGCUGAUAAGAUAUCUGUGAUGGGGCGGUCUUCCCCUAAUGAUAAAUUACUACUUGUGCAAGCACUUAGGAAGAAAGGGCAUGUUGUUGCUGUUACUGGGGAUGGUACUAAUGAUGCCCCUGCAUUACAUGAGGCUGAUAUUGGGCUAGCUAUGGGUAUCCAAGGAACUGAAGUGGCGAAAGAGAGCAGUGAUAUAAUCAUAUUAGACGACAACUUUGCUUCAGUUGUCAAGGUUGUUAGAUGGGGAAGAUCCGUUUAUGCCAAUAUCCAGAAAUUCAUUCAGUUUCAGCUCACUGUAAAUGUUGCCGCUCUCGUUAUUAAUGUUGUUGCUGCUAUAUCUUCGGGUGAUGUCCCACUGAAUGCAGUGCAGCUCCUCUGGGUCAAUCUUAUAAUGGACACUCUUGGUGCGCUUGCUCUAGCUACUGAACCACCAACAGAUCACCUCAUGGACCGAACCCCAGUUGGCCGAAGGGAACCUCUCAUCACGAACAUAAUGUGGAGGAAUUUGUUGGUACAGGCAUUUUAUCAAGUGACUGUCCUCCUUGUACUCAAUUUUGAAGGCAGAAAGAUUCUGCAUUUAGAGCAUGAAAACGCUGAGGAUGCUGCUAAAAAGAAGAACACACUCAUAUUUAACGCUUUUGUCUUCUCUCAGAUUUUCAAUGAAUUUAAUGCUCGAAAGCCUGAUGAGAUGAACGUUUUUGCUGGAGUUACCAAAAACCGCUUAUUCAUGGGAAUCGUUGGCUUUACUAUUGUACUGCAAGUGAUUAUAAUCAUGUUUUUGGGGAAAUUUACAACUACUGUUCGGCUGAGCUGGCAAUUGUGGCUAGUUUCAAUUAUUAUUGGGAUUAUCAGUUGGCCUCUUGCGGUUCUCGGGAAAUUAAUACCUGUUCCUGUGCGGCCCUUGAGUCAAUACUUUUCUAUUCUCUUCAAGCAAUGUAUGCCAUCCGGUCGAAGAAAUAGAGGUUCAUCAAGAGGAAAUGUGGAUGACACAUGAAGCACUGUGAGCUUUUGGUAGGGUUAUCCGUGUGUACAUGGGUAAACUAGUUAUGUGGUACUAACACACUGGACUUACUAUAUAGGUUUAUUAGCAGGAGUGAGUUACUAACCUUGAUGAUCACAAUGGGUGACAUGCACCUCUUUUCUUUUGUACUUGUCUUUUAAGGCACAGUUUUUUGUAUAUUGGAUUUGCACAUAGAAUUUUUACACA